AAAAACAAACCUUUUCUAAUAUAUAAAGGCAAUACACACUGAGUAGAAACUGUAUUUUGAAUUUUGCCCUUUACCAGGCCAGUGAUAUGCAGGAUGACUAUCUUGUGAUGCUGGCAAAGGGCACGCACUAUAACCCUUUCCAGCCACAGAGUCACAAAGUGAACAUUGGUGCCCUCCCCACAGUACACUGGGAUGUCAAGAUAGGAUGCUUAGCAUGUAGAUCAUAGAUAUAAAAUUCAUUUUAGAGUUGCAGUAUUUUCAGCUCAUGAGGUUUUUUUAGGAUCUAAAAAAGUCCAUUGUAGGCCAGAGUGCCUUUAUCUGAGCAAGAGAGGGCCAUUCACUACAGAAGGAACAAGAUGCUGCUUAGAGAGGGUACUGUCUGGAGGGUUGGUGCUGGUACCGCCUAGACUAAGAGGGUCUGCUCAUGGUCUAGCUGGCUGGCUGCAUCAGGUGGAACCACCCCAGAGCCUGGACACUGACUAUCAACUGUCAGAGAUGCUGCACUUGGAGAGAGAGGAAAGAGUAGGUGACCUUCCUUCCCAGUGUGCCUGUGAACUGUCCAGAUUUGGCUGUGUUCUCAGGUGUGGGUGUGAAUGUGGUCCUGGGGUUGUGAUCUCGGGCAGGAGACAACAGACACUUGCCAUCCAUAAAUACAAAUGAAAGAGCAGGAGUGCAUGAAAUGGAUCAAACAUUACAUGAAGUUACUCAGGGCUGCACAGUUGCUCCAGGAAUCUUUUAAAAUGUAACCCAGGGGUAUCACUCCUUUACUAAUACCCCGCUGUGACUUUAUGACAUCUAAACAACCCCAUGUUCCUCGGGUGGCCUGUGCAGGGUCUUAGCUCUCCUGGUACUCAUGGUAUCCUUGAUACUACAUUUGGCUAUCUCUGACCAUCUUUACAUCUGACAAAAUUGGGUCUUUGUGUUUUUCUCAGUCUGAAACAUUCUGUCCCCAUCCCGUAUAGAUCUCAGGUUAAAACCAGAUUCUUUGAGAGAUGGCCCUAACUAGGUUGCAGAGGACCUGCCCAGUUACUCUCUGCACCAUUGCCCUGAGUCUGUGGCUUCAUAGUAUGAUGCAUCAUUACACUACCUUCAUUUCUCUAUUUGUCAUAUAUCUGUACUUAAAUAUAAACUCUACCUAUGUGGACCUGUUGUCUUGUUUCUAGCUCUUGGUGGUAACCUAAGACAGUUCCGUGGAUGUAGGAGGCAGUGAUCCAAGUUGGCUUUUUUGUUUCUGCUCUGUGCCCAACCUUUUUGUUUGUUUAUUUGUUUGUUUGUUGAGACAGGGUUUCUCUCUGUGGCUCUGGCUGUCUGGAACUCACUCUGUAGACCAGACUGGUUGUGAACUCAGAGAUCUGCCUGCCUCUGCCUCCAGAGUGUUGGGAUUAAAGGCGUGCACCACUACCUCUCAGGCUCUUGUAUUUUUUGAAGCUUAGGGGAAUGCACUAGGACAGAGGUUGUUCUCCUAGACCUGUUCUUUUGAGGAGUAGGUAAGGGAGGUAUUGCUCAUGGCUCUCCUGCUGCCUCAUGGGACUACUCUGUAGGUGACCUCACUUCGGGGUUCUGGCCAGCAAACCUAGAAUCAGAGUCAUCAGAGCUGGUCACCAGGUGCAAGAUCAGUUCCUCUGAAACCACUGAUGAAUGUGAGAGCAAGAGGAAGUGAUGCACAGAAUUAUAAACACAGAUAGAUUGGCCCUAGCAGCUGUCCAAGGGAUGCUCUGAUGAACUCCUGUCCUAUUGUACUCCCAGGUCUUUGCAGAAGACAUGGCUGUCAUGUGUGGUAUUGCUAGCCUAUACAGAGCUGCUGUGUGCUUUAGAAAUACCCUCUCCAUCUGCCCAUCUGCACCUGGCCCUGAACCAUAUACCAAGCAGAGAGGGCUGGAUGAUCCAUCCAGAAUAGUAUGUGUAUAUGUGUGUGCAUGCCCCAUGUGUAUUUGUGCUGGCUAUGUCCUUGGAGUGGGACACAAAGAAGACUAAGAAGAGCAGGUCUAUGAGUGAGGAAGGAGCUGCACAUGUGUCCUUUAGACGAGAUCAGCUGUUUCCACCUCAACCACAAACCUAACAGCCACUGUUCUCUGCCACUUUGAGUCACUCUCCCAGAUGGAGCUGCUGUGUUUUCACCCUCAGUCACACAACAGGAAACCUGUGACUUGGAGGCUCAAAACAGAUGGAUAGUUCAGAAUUCAGGUCCAGGUGGCCCGAGGCAGCCGGGAUGACACUUCUCCCCAGGAACCCUGCUAUCUGCUGAGAAACAUGACCAGCAAAUCUCACUGGAAGCUCCUGGCCCUGGCUCUGGUCCUUGUUGUUGUCAUGGUGUGGUAUUCCAUCUCCCGAGAAGAUAGGUACAUUGAAUUCUUUUAUUUUCCCAUCUCAGAGAAGAAAGAGCCAUGCUUCCAGGGUGAGGCAGAGAGGCAGGCCUCUAAGAUUUUCGGCAACCAUUCUAGGGAACAUCCCAUCUUUCUUCAGCUUAAGGAUUACUUCUGGGUGAAGACACCAUCUGCCUAUGAGCUACCCUUUGGGACUAAAGGAAGUGAAGAUCUUCUUCUCCGGGUGCUGGCCAUCACUAGCUAUUCUAUACCUGAGAGCAUACAGAGCCUCGAGUGUCGUCGCUGUGUUGUGGUGGGGAAUGGGCACCGGUUGCGGAACAGCUCACUGGGAGGUGUUAUCAACAAGUAUGAUGUGGUCAUCAGGUUGAACAAUGCUCCUGUGGCUGGUUAUGAGGGAGACGUGGGUUCCAAGACUACCAUACGUCUCUUCUAUCCUGAGUCGGCCCACUUCGACCCUAAAAUAGAAAACAACCCAGACACGCUCUUGGUUCUGGUAGCAUUCAAGGCAAUGGACUUCCACUGGAUUGAGACCAUCUUGAGUGAUAAGAAGCGGGUGCGGAAAGGCUUCUGGAAACAGCCUCCCCUCAUCUGGGAUGUCAACCCCAAACAGAUCCGGAUUCUAAACCCCUUCUUUAUGGAGAUUGCAGCAGACAAGCUCCUGAGCCUGCCCAUACAACAGCCUCGAAAGAUCAAGCAGAAGCCAACCACGGGUCUGCUAGCCAUCACCUUGGCCCUACACCUCUGUGACUUAGUGCACAUCGCUGGCUUCGGCUAUCCAGAUGCCUACAACAAGAAGCAGACCAUCCACUACUAUGAACAGAUCACACUUAAGUCUAUGGCGGGAUCAGGCCACAAUGUCUCCCAAGAGGCUAUAGCCAUCAAGCGGAUGCUAGAGAUGGGAGCUGUGAAGAACCUCACGUACUUCUGACUUGGAUGAGAGCCGUAACACCUUGAUUCCCUGCUUCGCCAUCUGAGUAGGCCCUGUCUACAGCUUGGUGGUUUCUGGUGCCAGUUCAACCCAAUUGAACUCACCCUCAAUGGAGAGGGUGUUCUGGGACUGGCCAGGUCUCCAGAGAGGCUAUGCCCCUGGCUACUUUGGUGGAUUUCAAAUCCAGACAGGGUGGACACACUGAGGCUACAGGAGCCUGGCUAAAGUGGAGGGGAAGAGGUGCUGUUACCGUGGCAUCCCCUCUCUCUGCCAGCACAAAGAGCUUUUUUGUUUUGUUUUGUUUUGUUUUGGAUUGUUGGUGGUUAGAUGGGUUUUUUGUUUGUUUGUUUGUUUUGUUUUGUUUUGAUUUGUUCUUGAGACAGGGUCUGACUGUGAAGCCCUGGCUAAUCUGGAACUCACUUUGUAGACCAGGCUGGUCUUGAACUCACAGAGAUCCAACUGCCUCUGCCUCCCAAGUGUUGGGAUUAAAGGCAUGUACUACGCCUGGCCCCAGCACUAAGAGAUUAUUUAACAUUCUAUUUAAUUAAGGGGUAGGAAAAUGAAUGGGCUGGUCCCAGGACGACACAAUACAGUGUUCUGCCCACUUUUUAAUAAAAUUUACAUAUGAUUGGCCUGUUAAGGCCUAAUUCUAGAGCUGGCCUCCCAGAAAGAUGGAGGCAUCAAGAGUGGGAGGUGUCCUCCAGAGAGGGGUUGCUACCUCCCAGCAGGCAUGGGGGGAGCAUUGACAACGGGGUUCCACCUAGAAGGGGCCUCACCUUGAAAAGAGGUUGCAAAAGACCAUUAAAAUAUUUUUUUUUCCUAAAAUGGAA